UCCCUUUUAUUUUGUGCCAUUUAAAGAGACAGCGCUCGGCACUCCACGUCACUACGGCUUUCCAUGCAACAAACCCUCCUUUUGUGCAGAUAGCUAGAUACCAGUCCGCAACCUUCAAAUACUGGGAUUCUCAAAUCCACGAGAUAACAGUCUUUGACAUGCAAGAAAGAAGAUGAAUGGCACCAGGUUCCAGAAGUAAAGAUACCAUCUGUAGCCAACAAACAAUAAGUGUGUAAACUCGGUGUAAUUCCAAUCCCGUCAGACAAGGCCGAACACACUACCCCCACCGUGAGGCGGCUCUGCUAUGUGGAUUAGAGUGUAGGAAAUCCUGUCACUGGGGUGAGAGUGCUGGGAGGAGAAUAGAGAGGGAGGGGAAGACUUCUCCCAGCUCACUAUACUAGACACACACUAUAGACAGUGAGGAGAGGACGGCGCUGCUCAUAUACAGAGGGUGAUCUGCAGAGUGUGGAGUACAAGUCAUUGGUACAUCUAAGGAUUUCAGAUGGCUGCACAAUGUGUAACUAAAGUGGAACUAAGCAUUUCUUGUGAACAUCUGCUGGACAAAGAUGUUGGGUCCAAAUCCGAUCCAUUAUGUCUCCUCCUCAUGAACACAAGUGGCCAGCAAUGGUUUGAGAUUGAUCGCACAGAAAGAAUUCAGAAUUGUCUGAAUCCCAAAUUCUGCAAGAGGUUUCUCAUUGACUACUACUUUGAGAUCGUCCAGAAGCUGAAGUUUGGGAUAUAUGACAUUGACAAUAACACCUAUGAUCUGGCUGAUGAUGACUUCCUGGGAGAGUUUGAAUGUACAUUGGGACAAAUUGUCUCUAGUAAGAAGCUGACCAAACCUCUUGUACUGAAGAAUGGGAGACCAGCGGGAAAAGGAACGAUUACGAUAUUUGCAGAAGAAAUAAAAGAUAACAGAGUGGUGCAGUUCGAAGUUGAAGCAAGAAAACUGGACAAAAAGGAUUUAUUUGGAAAGUCAGACCCUUACUUGGAAUUUCACAGGCAGAUGGAUGAUGGAAGAUGGCAAAUGGUCCACAGAACAGAGGUCAUUAAAAACAAUCUGAAUCCUGUGUGGAGACCCUUCAAGAUACCACUCCAGGCUCUCUGUAAUGGGGACAUGGACAAAGCUAUCCGGGUAGAGUGUUACGACUACGACAGUGAUGGCUCCCACGACAUGAUUGGAAUCUUCCAGACCACGAUGUCAAAACUGAAGGAAGCCAGUCGCUCAAUGCCAAUGGAAUUUGACUGCAUAAAUGAAAAGAAGAAACAGAAGAAGAAAAGCUACAGAAAUUCUGGGGUAGUCAGUGUGAAGUUGUGCCAGAUUACGGUAGAAUAUACAUUUCUUGACUACGUUAUGGGAGGAUGUCAGAUGAACUUUGUUGUAGGAAUCGACUUUACAGGAUCAAAUGGUGAUCCCAGAUCACCAGACUCUCUACACUACAUUAGUCCCAAUGGAGUCAAUGAGUACCUGAAUGCUAUCUGGUCGGUGGGCCAGGUGAUUCAGGACUAUGACAGUGAUAAAAUGUUCCCAGCCUUUGGUUUUGGAGCGCAGAUACCACCAUCGGGGCAGGUUUCACAUGAAUUCCCACUAAAUUUUGACCCAUCAAAUCCAUUCUGUGCUGGUAUUGAGGGCAUUGUAGACUCAUAUCGCAAAUGCCUCCCUCAAGUAAAACUGUACGGACCCACCAACUUUUCUCCAAUCAUUAACCAUGUGGCCAGAUUUGCUGCGGCUGCUACUCAACAGAAAACUGCUUCUCAAUACUUUGUGCUCAUGAUCAUAACUGAUGGGGUUAUCACAGAUCUGGAUCAGACUCGACAAGCCAUCGUCAACGCUGCCAAACUCCCAAUGUCCAUCAUAAUAGUUGGCGUUGGAGGUGCUGACUUUAGUGCCAUGGAAUUUUUGGAUGGAGACAAUGGAGGACUACGAUCACCUACUGGGGAGAUGGCUGUACGAGACAUUGUACAGUUUGUGCCCUUCAGGAAGUUUGCACAGGCUCCAAAAGAGGCCCUUGCACAAAACGUCUUGGCAGAGGUCCCACAACAAGUCGUCUCCUAUUUUACUACAUACAAACUAAAACCACCAAAUGACCCUGCCACAAAGUGAAGACACCGCCGUGACCUUCAUCUCUGUAGAUUAUAUGUUUAUACUGUUCUGUAUUUAACAUUUCCUUAUUGUAAUAUGCUAAGAUGCCACAGAAAGUUCCAAUAGUUCUUUUAUAAGUUUUACUUCUCUGCCAGAUCUGCAGACUGUCACAGUGUUGCAGACUUCUUUUUAUCCUUUUUUAUGACAGCUUAUGUGCCUUACUGGAGCGGCCAGGUCAUCCGCGGUGACAGGCUUAUUAUAAGAAAGACACCGAGAUGGAUCUGUAGUACAUCUGGGAAAUGCUGUGUAUAAUAUGGGGCUGUAAUUGGAUAGAUCUUUAUUCAUCUCCCAUGGUUUAUCAUUUCAAGAUAUAUUGAACUAGACAGUCCACCAGAAGACGGAAAGCCCAGGAGACUCCUCUUAAUUCUGGAAUAACUCUGACCUGUAUCUUACUGUCUGCUGAGCAGCACGAUUUACAAUUUUAUUAAAAAUGUAAAAUGACCAGACAUCACGGUAAAAGUGAGAAAUAUGUAGAACUACAGGUCCAAAACAUGCAAUGCAGCAAGAGCCAAAGAUUAUGUAAAAGACAGAUCUGAAAUAUAUACCUGGACAGUACAGCAAAGGAAAAUUGGAGCAAUUGUCCCAGUGAAAUAAUCACAUUACAAUAUUUGCUUGGCCUAAUAGUUUUUAAUAGUUUUACUAUACUUUUGUAAUAUUUUUAUAUAUUUUUUAUAUGGUCAGUUUGAAGUUAAGUAUGUUUAAAUAUGAAGCUUUAAAGGGGUGCUCCAGGGAAGUUAAUAAAAAUAAAAAUGACCCAAAGCCACCACAAUACCUGUUCUGUGUGCCCUGUAGUUAUCCAUGUGAUUUUGCCAGCUCUUCUUGCCCCUGUUGUGUCCUAAACAUUCUUUUUUCCUUCCUUGCAGCCUAGACAAUAACUCCCAGCAGUCAGUGCGACUCUCUGUAAUGGCUGCCAGCCAAUUGCUCUUACUAUUUGUGUGCAUGCUGUGUUGUUGUAAACACACUGUACAUGUCUUUUCUUUUAAACUACCCCCCCCCCCCCCCCAGCAAUAAAUCAUGCUAUGCUCUGAAUGGCAGCAGUCAGUGAUUAGAUCUACAGCAGGAAAAGAGCAGCUUUAUGUUCUGUGGAGACUUCUCUGCCAGAAAGAUCCUCACACAGGUAGGGGGAGGGGAGGUGUGGCUGUAAAAAUGAAAAUCAUGUGGUGUUUGUCUUCCAGGAGGGUGGGGGCUAGUCUCACUGAGAGGUUUGCACAAAGACAAGCAGGAUCAGGUUAUGACGUCUUUCUCUCACAGCCUGUUAGUGACAGCUGAAAGAGGGAAACUGCGUUAUAUAGCUAAUGAAUGAUAUUUAGACAAAUACAUAGGUUGGUUAGAGGGAAAAGAUGGGCUAUGGGUUUAGUUCCCUGGAGUAGCCCUUUAAUUUAGCUUAAAAUGUAUUUUUUUCUUAAACUAUUAUUGGUUGGAAAGAGUUAUAUUUGAUAAUAGGACAUACUGUGAAAUGAGGCUUUAGACUUAAAUGGGACUUGUCACUAUUUACAUUGCAGUCCAGACAUGUUAUAGAGCAAGAGGAGCUUAGCACAUUCAUAUAUAGUUUUGUUAGAAAAGUUCCAGAAUAGUGUGAAUGGAUGUGGUGUAUAUGUGUCCGGGUUGGUUGACUUUUGUACAUUUUUAUAAUAUUUAGUUUGAUGCAUUCUGCACUGUGCUACUAGUCCUUAUUAAUAUGAUCUAUUUUUAUGUUUUACUGGAAACUGUGUACCCUAUUGUCUCCCAGACCAUAUUUUGAGACUUCUUUUAUUGUAAUGUUUUUACUUUUCUUUGUUGUUUUUGUUCAUUGUGCCAAAAAUGCAAAAAUAAAAAUUCCAGAAUAACUUCUAGGCCCCAGGUCCUAGGGUUGAGCAGAGAUUUACAUGUAUAAAUUCCAAGUUACUUUCUUUUUCUACAAAAUUAUAUAUUAAAAGGGUUGUCUGGGAUUAAAAAAAAACCUUGCUUUUUUCUCUCACAAAAACAGAGCCACUCAUGUCCACAGGUUGUGUCUGGUAUUGCAAUUUAGCUCCAUAAAUGGGACAGAGUUGCAGAACUACACACAACCUGUGGUCAAGAAUGAUGCGGUUUUUGCAAAAAUUAGGCAGAGUUUUUCCAAUCCUGGACAACAAGUAUUAUCUCCUCCAGCUCGAUAACAUGAUACUGGCAGAUCAUAAACUAUAUUCAAUGCUAUGGAUUCCCUUUAAAGGGGUAUUCCGGCUUUAUACAAGAUGUAUGAUCACAGGGGUCCCACCACUGGGACCCCCGCAAUCUUGGUGCAGCCCCCGAGAUGGGGACUUGACGUCACACCACGCCCCCUCCAUUCAUGUCUAUGGGAGGGGGCGUGACAUCACUAGGGGGCUGGCCAUGAUGUCACUUCUCAGUCUCGGAGGCAGUGCCUGGCACAGAAAGCACUUUUAUCUCUGGACAGAAUCCACCACAGAUGCUUCAGCUUUGUGGAUUUGCACUUUCAUUUUGCUCAACUCUGCAGAAUAUUCCUUGAAUGGCAGCCAUUUUAUAGCAUAAUAUGAUAACUUAUAGAAGCUCAGACUUCAAAUGGUUACCUUCUUUGUUUGCAACCAAUGGAAGUAACUACGUAAAUACGUAUGGGACCACAAUUCCCAGGGCUGUGUACUGUGCACUGCUAUGUUUUUACCCCAUAAUCUGUAUAAUAACCAUGAAUGUUUUUAUAGACUGAAUCUCUUAGAAUACAAGGUAGUAUUAUAAUAACUCUUCUAAGCUGUUGUAAAGUACGGUACUUGUUAUAUAGAUCUGAUCAGUGUAAAUCUACAUGUAAGAGAAUUCUUUAAAGGGGUACAAAAGAUAGGGGACAAGAUGCCUGAUCGUGGGCGUCCUGCCGCUGGGGACCCCCCGUGAUCUUCCACGCCGCACCCCGCUAGAAUCAGCCCCCGGAGCGUGCUCGCUCCGGGUCUGAUUACUGGCAAUCACGGAGACGGAGCAUAGUGACUUCACGGCUCUGCCCCCGUGUGACAUCACGCUCCGCCCCCUCAAUGCAAGCCUAUGGAGGGGGCGUGACAGCCGUUAAUGAAAUGGCACAGAGGGUACUAUUUCUAAACCCUGUGAUAAAAUUAUGUCGGGAUUGGGCAGAAUUGGACACCCAUGUUGCGGGAGUGGAACACACCUUGUGGGAGUUGGCGAUAACUGUCAGAAAUCUCACGGGAGCAGGAUUGAAGGGGCACUCCACUGGAAAACAUUUUCUUUUAAAUCAACUGGUGCCAGAAAGUUAAACAGAUUUGUAAAUUACUUCUAUAAAAAAAAUAUUAAUCCUUCCAGUACUUAUUAGCCACUUUAUACUGCAGAGGAAGUUCUUUUCUUUUUGAAUUUCCUUUGUCUGACCACUGUGCUCUCUGCUGACACCUCUGUCCAUGUAAAGGAACUGUCCAGAGCAGGAUAGGUUUGCUAUGGGGAUUUGUUCCUGCUCUGCACAGUUCCUAAAAUGGACAGAGGUGUC